AUGGAACAGAGAGGCACAAAGUCAGGGCAUGCAAGUAGGAGCCGGGGAUCCGGAGAGGGCACGGGCCACGCUGUGGCCGCUCCCACUCCACGCCUGGUCCCGAGGGCAGAGGCCCACAGGCUCAGUUGGCCGCUGGCGUCCGCAUACCCCGGUCCACCACCGGUCCUUUCACUUGGCCAUAGUUGUCCCUGGGACUUCUCGGCGCGGACUUUGUGCGCCCAGCAGCGGCGGCGGGAGCUAGAGGCUCACGGUGAGCCCGGGACUCAAGCCGGCGAGGCGCUGGCGGCCCGGCCCUGUCGCCGGGCGCCCCGGCUGAUCGCGCGGCCCGCCCCUCCCCGCGCGGCUCUCCCGCGCUCACUCCAGGGUCGACGUCAGGGCCGGAGUCGCUCCUGGGAUCCCGCGGCCACCCCCGCCCGCAAACGCCCGCCCGGCCCGACCUACUCACCGCGGCUCCGCGGGGCCCGCCCGGGGCCGCGGCUGCCCCUGCUCCCGGCGCGCAGGACGCCCUCCCCGCCGACCCCUAGGGCGCGCUCGGCCUCUCCAGCAAGCCGGGCACCCAGGCCCGGCCCCGCCAGCCCCAGGGGCGGCCCCUUCCGGAGGGCGGCCUCCCGGCCGAGUGCGCAGUCCUCGGCCGCCCCGCAUGCCUUCCCCCGCUCGCGCUGCGCGGACUCGACUCGGAGUCUUCGGGCGCCGCGGAGAAAUGCCUGCCCCAGAAAGGGAGGGGGUGGGGAGAGACGGGAAGAAGAGCGAGCGGGAGCGGAGACUAAGGAGGGAGGAGGAAAAGAUGGAGCGCAGGAAAGGCGAGAAAGGGGGACAAGGUUGGCCAAACCCACCUGUCCGCUGCUUGCCCCAGGGCUGGCUUCCAGACCAAGGGCACGUAGAGGUCAGAGGCUCCCCAGAAGCCACGUCUGGCCUGAAAAACCUAAGGUGUAUCAAGGUGUCCGGGUGAAGAUCACAGUGAAGGAGCUGCUGCAGCAGAGAAGGGCACACCAGGCAGCCUCGGGGGGAACUCUGUCCGGAGGCAACAGUGUCCACCUUUCAGACCCAGUCCCACCAUCUUCUGCAGGACAGUAUUUUGAGCCUGAACCAAUUCCUUCCACACCCAAUUAUUUCCAACCCCGAGAAUUUUCCAGUUGUGUUUCUUGUGAAGAAAAUCCAGGCUUCCUCGACCAGAUAUUUGAUUCCUACCUUCAGACAGAGACACACCCGGACCCUUCGCCCAAUUCCAUGCAAAGUACUCCACACUAUUUCCCAGACAGCUUCCAGGCUGCCCCUUUCUGCUUUAACCAGAGCCUGACCCCAGGAUGGCCUUCGGAUUCCUCCACUCUCUCUGGUUCCUUAGACUACAGUUACUCUCCUGCUCAGCUACCUUCAUAUACUCCAGAGAAUUACAACUCUCCCCCUUCUCUGGACACCAGAAACUGUGGCUACCCCUCGGAAGACUACUCCUACCCUCACCUGCCCUCACACACCCAGUACAACUGCUUCUCCUCUGCCACCGCCUCUGUCUGCUGCUGUGCAUCCUGCGAGGCAGAACACUUGGACACCUUCAGAGCUUCAGAGUGUUUUUCUUACCCCAGCACAGACUAUGUGAACCUCACUCCCUCAGCAGCAGCAAGCAGUGAUUUCUAUAGGAGGGAAACAAACUGGGACAUCUGCUAUAGUUAA